UCCUCUCCCCCCUCAUCCCGCACCCCCUCUCCCGCCACUAUUUGUGCCGUGGGAGCGCGCAAACGGCAGAGACACGCGGGGGGCACAGGCGAGACGCAGGGAAGAGAGUGGUCCCGGCCACACCAUCCCCUCCGUGCGCCGUGUCGGCCUUCACCGCUGUGCUACCAGCUCGCGGCACUUGCCUCGACAUUCUCGUCGCGCUCUGCUGGGGCAGAGGGUGGGGGGCGACGAUGGCGAGCGACGCGGGCGAGAAGGCGAACUUCUACUGGAGCAGCGGGGAGGAGGACGAGGGGACCCCCGGUGCCGAGGGCCACGGGCUAGGGGACCCCGCCGACCAAGGGGCUCCUGACGCCCUCCAAGUGCCCGAGGAGGACAUCAACCUGGAGGGGUCUGCGGUACACACAGGGCCCAAGGGGGUGAUCACGGACUGGCGGCGCUACAAGGUGCUGGAGAGCGUGGAGAAGGAGGACGACCCCGCGGACGAGAAACGGAAGCUCAUGAAGCAGAUGUCCGUGUCGUGUCGCCCUCUCACGGCCGAGGAGCGGAGACGCGCGGACAUCCAGGAGCAGCUGCGACGCAAGCUGAGCAUCCGCGAGUCGGUGCUGGUGGCCGAGCAGGAGGACGAGGCCUUCCUACGGCGCUACCGCCAGAAGCGCAUGGAGGAGAUGCGACGUCGCCUGAGCUUCGGGCCCCGGUUCGGCUCCUGCCAGGGGCUGGAGAGCGGCGAGGAGUUCCUGGCGGCCAUCGAGUGCGAGGCGCGCACCAACACGCUGGUGCUCGUGCACGUGUUCGAGGACGAGGUGAGCGGCUGCGCGGCUCUCAACUCGUGCCUCGAGUGCCUGGCCAUGAUGUACCCGCUCGCAAAGUUCUGCCGCAUCCGCGCCGCGGACACGGGCGCCUCCGAGCGGUUCCCGGCCGAGGUGCUGCCCGCGAUCCUCGUGUACCGCGCCGGGGAGCUCAUCGCGAAUUUCGUUCGCCUCUCGAGCCUGUUGGGCACCCAGUGCCUGGCGCAGGAGGCCGAAGCGUUCCUCAACGCCUACAGCCUCCUGCCCGAGAAGGAGACGGCGGGUCCCGACGAGGACGAGGAGGAGAGGGAGGGGAUGAGCCGAGGGCACGCCCAGGGGGAGGAGGGGGAAGAGGGGGGGGGAGGAGGACCAGGGCCGGAUGGGAGAAGAGCCGGACGAUGAUUGAGAGUGCGAUGAAGGAGGAGGAGGAGAUGAGGCGGGGCCAGGAGGAGGAGAUGGGACCAGAGUGAGACGAUGAUGAAGCGGUGAGGCGUA